CGCCGUUGGCGCGUAGCAUUGUGGGGCAGACAUGGCGGCGGCUUGGGCGCUGCAGGCGAUGUCUCGUCAGAUCUCCCCCUUGCCUUGCCUUGGGCAAGUACGGGGUUAUUAUGUGAACUGGAGAAUGCUACGUGAUGUUAAGAGAAGGAAGAUGGCCUUUGAAUAUGCAGAUCACAGGCUACGUCUGAAUGCCCUUAGGAAAAACAAUAUUUUGCCAAAAGAACUCCAGGAAGUUACAGAUAAAGAGAUUGCUGCCCUGCCACGGGACAGCUGCCCUGUGAGGAUCCGCAAUCGGUGUGUGUUGACAUCUCGGCCACGAGGUGUGGUGUGGCGCUGGAGGCUCAGCCGAAUUGUUUUCCGCCACCUAGCUGACCAUGCUCAGCUCUCUGGGGUACAGAGAGCGAUGUGGUGAACCAUCACCCAACUUUUAUUAACCAAGGGAAGAAAAACCUGAGCCCUGUUCCAACUCAUAAGAUUUAUUGUACUGAAGGUCUUGAUAUAAAGGAUGGGGCAGCUCUGUACAGAUGAGCCUAGUUGGAGUUUGUCAAGUCUUCGGUUAACCUGCUGUUAAAGAUAUUUUAAAAAACAAACACUGCAAAUAUACCCAAACACCAAUUUCUGUUCA